GGGGACGGGGACGGGAACAAGCCCCCGGUGUCUGAGCGCUGAGGGGGCCGGGGCUGCCAUCGCGCUACGCCCCCUCCUCGCGUUCAGACGCUGCAGUUUUGCCCCGCGGAGGCCGCUGUGGCGCCGCGUUGCCCCGGCGACCGGCUCGGCGGGGCUGUCCCGGCCCGCUGCCGGCCCGGCCGGGGAAAGUUUCCCGUCGGGGGCCGGGCCCGGCGGGGCACCGGGCGCUGCCGCAGUGUGCGCGCUGAGGCCGGGCUCCGGGCGGGCGGCGGCGGCGGGCGCGGCGCGGCCGCUCCUCGGGGGCGUUGCGCGGUGCCGGCCCUUCCUCCGCCAGCCGCCGGGGGAGCGGCGCCUCGCCGGAGGCUCUCGGCGGUGCGUGCACCCGAUGGUCUUCUUCGCCAGGAUGGAUUUUAGCCAGGGCAAUCUCUUUGGAUACAUAGAAGACCUGCAGGAGCUAACUAUUAUAGAGAGGCCGGUCCGCAGGAGUCUGAAGACGCCAGAAGAAAUAGAAAGACUGACAGUUGAUGAAGAACUCAAUGAUAUUGAAAGGGCUGUUUACCUCCUCAGUUCUGGCCAGGAUAUCCAAGGAACAAGUGUGGUGGCAAAUCUUCCAGUUCUGAUGCGACAGAAUCCUGCAGAAACACUUCGUCGUGUUUUACCAAAAAUACGAGAGGUGCUGCAUGUUGCAGGAGUGGAAAUGCAGUUAACAGCUGCUGUUUCAUUUUUGACUGUUCUGCAAGAUGAGUCGGUGUCCAUUCAUACAUACUCCCACUCCUUCCUACACAUCAUUCUCCAGAACCUGGAACACAGAGAUGCAGGUGUCAGCAAUGCAUGGCUAGAAACCCUUCUUGCUGUAAUAGAAGCUUUACCCAAAGAGACUAUCAGACACGAGAUCCUGAAUCCACUUGUUUCCAAGACACAGAUUUCUCAAUCACUUCAGUCCCGCUUAGUUAGUUGUAAAAUCAUGGGAAAAUUAGCUUACAAAUUUGAAGCUCAUAUUGUUAAAAGAGAGAUUCUUCCAUUGGUAAAAUCACUGUGCCAGGAUGUAGAGUAUGAAGUAAGAACUUGCAUGUGUCGGCAGCUGGAGCAUAUAGCUCAAGGAAUAGGGACAGAACUAACCAAAACUGUAGUGCUUCCUGAAUUGGUAGAGCUGGCAAGAGAUGAGGGCAGCAGUGUACGCCUUGCAGCUUUUGAGACAAUAGUGAAUCUGCUUGAUAUGUUUGAUGCAGAUGAUAGGAGUCAAACUGUGCUCCCCUUAGUGAAAUCAUUCUGUGAAAAGUCCUUCAAAGCAGAUGAAUCUAUCCUAGUUUCUUUGUCUUUCCAUUUAGGGAAACUGUGCAAUGGAUUAUAUGGCAUUUUUACUCCUGAGCAGCACUUACGGUUUUUGGAAUUUUAUAAGAAGCUUUCCACACUGGGUUUGCAGCAGGAAAAUGGACAUAAUGAUAAUCAACUACAACUUCAAACUCUGGAACAGGAAAAGAAGUAUAUUUCAGUGAGGAAGAAUUGUGCUUACAAUUUUCCAGCCAUGAUAGUUUUUGUGGAUCCAAAGAACUUUCAUUUAGAACUAUAUUCUAUAUUCUUCUGCCUUUGUCAUGACCCUGAAGUUCCUGUCCGAUAUACUAUGGCCAUAAGCUUCUAUGAAGUUGCUAAGCUUUUAAAUUCUGGUGUGUAUACAAUUCAUAAAGAACUGGUUACGCUAUUACAAGAUGAGUCACUGGAGGUGUUAGAUGCACUAGUAGGUCACCUUCCUGAAAUCCUUGAACUAAUGACAACUAAUGGAGGAGAAAACAGUGGAUCAGAAAGCAAGUUACUCUCUAUUCCUGACUUGAUUCCUGCAUUAACAACAGCAGAACAGAGAGCUGCAACUUCAUUAAAGUGGAGAACUCAUGAGAAGUUACUACAAAAAUAUGCAUGUCUCCCUCAUAUCAUAUCGAGUGAUCAGAUUUAUUACCGUUUUCUUCACAGAAUGUUGACAAUCAUUUUGACAAAUAAUGUCCUGCCAGUCCAAAAAGCAGCUGCUCGAACUCUCUGUGUUUAUUUACGUUAUAAUCGCAAACAAGAACAGAGGCAUGAGGUUAUUCAGAAACUGAUUGAACAACUGGGCCAAGGAAAAAGUUAUUGGAACAGACUUCGUUUUUUAGAUACUUGUGAAUUCAUUAUGGAACUCUUUUCAAAGUCAUUCUUCUGUAAAUACUUCUUUCUGCCUGUGCUUGAACUUACACAUGACCCAGUGGCAAAUGUGAGAAUGAAGCUGUGCUAUUUGUUGCCAAAAGUUAAAUCUACUCUGAAGAUUCCCAGUGAUAAACAUUUGCUUCAGCAGUUGGAGUUAUGUAUACGGAAACUUUUGUGUCAAGAGAAAGACAAAGAUGUCCUGACUAUUGUGAAAAGAACAGUGUUAGAAUUGGACAGAAUGGAUAUCUCUUUAGAUGCUUUUCAGAAAAGAUUUUACGAAAAUGAUUUAUUGGACCAAGAAAAAGAGAGACAAGAACAUCUCCUUUUGGAAAUGGAACAACUUGAAAAAGAGAAGCAGCAAAGUGAAGGAAGAUCUACAAAUGUUAAUGAUAAAAUAUUUGAAAAGAAGCGUAGAGACAAUAAAACGUCAUCAGUGUUGGCGAAAAGUAUGACUCUUUCUGUUUCUGGGAGCUCUUCUGGUACAUCAGCAGGCAAAGAAGACAAGAAAUCCAAGUUGGUUCGAAGUCAGUCUUUCAGUACUCAAGCACUACAUCCAAAAUACAGCAACAUAGACAAGUGUCCUAAUAAAAGCACUGCUACAGGAUAUACAUCUUCAAUAUCAGGAAUGGGGAAGAGUUGUAUGUUAUCCUUUACUGAUGAUACAUUCCGGACUCGUUCCACUGGUAAUAGUGGGAAUGCUACCUUCCCUUCCAGUUCCUCCCUUACAACUUCUCGCAACUCCUUUAAUUCAGCUGACCAAAAGAACAAUGGAAAUAAAGAGAGUCAGUCCCGAAAGAUGAGCAUAUUUUGAAAUACAAAACCAGCAGGAUAGAAAUGUGAAAAAACAGAAAAUCAAACCCUUAGAUCUUCUGACAGAAAAAGAAGAGAACCGGAGACUGUUGGAAGCAACAUUCUUGUGCGAUAAAUCUGGAGAAGCAGAUGGGACUCUAUAAUGCCUGGAGUGACAAAAUGUAUCUUGCAUUGUUAAAAUCUUUUAUCUUUUAAAUAAAAUCCCAAGUUGUAAAAUAUGUUCCAAUAAGUAACGUAAUGGUUGCAGAAUUCUAAUGUUGUAGUGAAAUGUUAUGAAAUAUAACUUCAGCUAUGUGCUCUUAACUGCUGCAGCUAAAGAGAGGAUUUUGAUUUCUUCAGUUAUGCCUUUGUAGUUCAAGUUCUUGGAUCUAGAAUGCGUAUAUCCAUUACUUAAUUGGGCCUAUUUACAAUUUUAGCAGUUCUUAGCAUCCAUAUUUUAUGCAAGAAAUAGAAGUAAUUGUUAUGAAUAUGAAAAAGUAAUCCCACAUUUUAAGGAACUUUCAAAAUUUCGAAUUUAAGACCAAAAUCCAGAACCAUUGAUCAGUUUUAUAUAGAUAAAACAUAAACUUCAGUAGCAUUGUGCGUGAAUUUGGAGGUAAUGUUUUUACAAGUACUAAGUAAAGUUAAUAAAAAUCCUGUGUAAGUUUCAAAGCAAUCUAAAAGCAGAUGUCUCCAGAUAAUACUAAAAAAAAAUGUUUUAUUUCAUAGUUUUUGUUGUAUAAAUACUUGUUUUAAUUUUUAGUAUUUCAGAUUGUAUUUUCACUUGAAUAAUUUAUAAUGAUGAACCUAGUUUUUAAUUAGCUCUUAUUGCAAGCAAUCAUGCUUCAGUGAUGUCAUCUGCAUUUGUUUGUAUUAAUGCUAAUGUUUCUAUCAAAAUAUGUCUGUGGAAAAAACAUGCAAUUCUAUUUUAAAAGAAAAUUCUAUUUAUGCCAAUACUUGAGAGAGAUUGUAUGUAUGAAGCUAUUGUCAGCUUCUCUAUUUCAAAAUGGAAGCAGCAUAACUAUAUUGAUAGCAGAAAUAACUGUUUUUUAAAAUCUGUUGGUAUAUGAUAAAGACGAUCUGAUUUGUGAAUGCAUAUGCGUGUGUGGUUACUUUUUAUAAUGUAAAAAUAUGAAUGAUGAAUUUACUCAAAAUAAAACCUAGGACAAUGCUGUACAUGCAUGUUCCUGAAAUAAAUAUUUUUUUCUCAGGGCAUCUUUUAUAAUUAAAUAAAAGCAUUUACCUACAGAAGGUAUUUAUUUUAAAUAACAAUAAUGCUAGAUUUAUGCUGUCUUGUGUGGAGUACAAAAUGUGUCUUUGACUUUAGCAGUGUUUCACUGUCUGAAUACUUAAGCUUCUUGCUCUGCUGCUGGAUUUAGGUGCUCUGUCCCUAGUCAUAAACAUUGUUUAGAUUCUGUGAAAACUUCCAAGUUUUCAGUUUGUUCUGCAGCCUGGUAUAGGAUCUUGUAAAUCACAGAUUUCUUUAAAAGCUACUUCUAGUAUUGUGAUAUUUCUGACAUGCAGUAUUGAUGCAGAUAUACAGACUUCCCAUGCUGGCUCCUCCCGGUUUGGCUUUUGUUCCACUCUCACUACCCCAGGGACAACAGACUCAACAUACCAGGAACAGCUGCUCAGCCGUGGGCCAGAAGAAGCUGCUCAAUCUGUUCUCGGUCCGACUUCUGCCAGGGACCAAAUCAAGUCAGCAGUGCCCAGCUGCAGAACAGGACUCAUAACUGUGUUUGACCCUCAAAUGCCUUUAUUAGAACGAUGUACAACAGCUAGUAAGUUCAGAAACUUGAACCCAAGCUCUUUCUCCCCUUUAUAAGCAUGUAAUGUGUUCUGUAUACAGUCUGUCAUUUGUUUGUUCUUCGUUGUCAUUUGUCCAUCACUUUUUAACUGGUUAAUUUAUUUAAUGCUGGUAACACGUGUUCCACUCAAUAACCCUACCACGUAUUAAAUUCCUGCUAUGUAAUCUUUAAGUGCUAUAUUUAGACAUCCUUGUACAUCUUUUGUCUGUACAUCUUCUUGUACACCAGGUGCACAUACACAUGGUGUUUCGUGUAUACUUUAAUCAGUCCUUUGCACUACAGACCUCCAUCCAGGUUGGACAGCACCAAUACUUCUGAAUCUCCUGCAGGUUUUGCAGGUUUUUUUUUUUGUUUGUUUGUUUUGUUUUGUUUUUUUAAUCUGCAAUUCAGAACAACAGCUGGAGGUCAACGGUACAACAAUAAUUGUGUGAUUCUCUCUAGUAGCAUUCCUCCUAUUAAUCAUUCUGAGGCAGGAAGGAGUGAUUCCUCUUCUUUCUGGGUGCAUUCAUGCUGUAAUGUGAAGUUAAGUUAGGUGUACUUUAUCAGUCUAGUCAGGUACCAGUCUGCCUGAUAAUUCCUUUUGUGAGGGGCUUAUACCAGUGUCUGGGUUGCUGUAAAUAGACAACUGAUAGUAACUGAGGUUUUUAUUUUUAGAGCUGUUUACCAGCUUUACCCUGAAGUCUUAUCUUUCGUUCCUUCCCUGGGUCCUGUGAAAAUACUUCUCGUGUGGAUACAUCUGGAGGCCAAUAGAUACCUUUGAAGUUUCUCUGCCAAAUGAUUCUGAAAACUCUUCUGCCCCCUUUUGGGCAGAUGUUUUCUGAAAUAUGUAAGAAAACAGAGGAAUGCUUAGGUCUUUUGGUUACAUAUAGUGAGAAGUAGCUUCUUGCAUUGUUUCAAACCUAUAUAUGGACUGUGUUAAUUAAAAUUUUCUAAAUGUUA